AUGACGACAACAGUAAGUACAUCGUCAGAUUUACCUGAUAAAGAUCAAAUUCGUGUACAUGUUCGACGUGACGGUUUGAUUGAAAGACAAAGAUUUAAUGCACGAGUUUGCAGACAAUUAUGUAAAUAUGAUGGUGGAGAACAAUGUCAGGCAUUUGUUGUUUAUAGAAGGCUUUGUGUUGGACAUUAUCAUCAAACAUCAGGUAUAACUAUUAAUGAAUCAAAACGUAGACAAUUAAUUCAACAAUCAGCAACUGCUGGGGCAUCAUCAAAGGCAACAACAGCAACAAUGAUACCAUCAAAAAUUCAAUAUUCUAUUGCAACACCUUUAACUCUUGGUCUUAAAAAUUGGCGACGAAAAACAGCACCACCGAAUUCAUGUUCAUAUGCUAGUUCAAUUGAUAGUCAUGCUGAUGAUUAUAUUUUGGCUCAAAAGUCAAUUUCAAUAACUGCAUCUCGCCUAACUGAUGAACAAAUAGAUCGUCUUGAUCAAUUUCUUCAACGUUUUAAUAUUCAUUAUUCAGGUAAAAUUGAUGAAAAAACAACACAUUUAAUAACUGAUGAUACAACAAUUCCAUUUGUUUGUGCUUUAUCAUCAAAAGCUGUUCAUGCAUUAGCACGUCACUUAACUGUUUUAUCGAUACGUUGGAUUGAUGAAUGUCUUCACAUUGUGAAAUAUGUGGUGAUUCAAUAUGUUCAACAAUCACAAACUAAAAUGAUUGUUGUUCUUUGUGAACAAUCAUAUGUUCAAGAACGUCAAGAUAAAUAUUGGAAAUGUGUUGAAUUAGGUAUAAGAUUUUGCUCGCCAGAAUUUAUAAUUGAAUCAAUAGCUCAAUAUCAAGUACAACCUCAACAAAAUGAAGAUGAUAAUGAUGAAGAAUAA